GUCUUGGAUCACGUUGCAACAUUUUCAACUACGCAGUUCUUCUAGAGCUGUUGGAGGAUAGAUUUAAUUCCUGUACUCAUGGAGUCAAGACGUCGUUGCUGUGGCUGUUGUAGCCGAAGAGUUUUGAUCAUAAGCUUUGCUAUAACAGGAGUCUUUCUCCUUGUGGCUGGCUUAGUUUUAGAUGUCGGUGGAGUGUUCUCGAACAUAAUCAAGAACAAAGUGGAUCAGGUAAGCUCAAGCUUCCUUUAAAUUUUUUGCAUAGACAACGCUUUAAGGUGUGGAAAGUUUGGUCUUGAAAAGCCUUUCAUAUGCGUCUUAGUAGGACUUAAAUUCAUAGACACUUUGUUCGAAGAAAAGUCAUUGUCCUUCUUUUCACUCGUUGCCUUUAAUGCCCAACAAAAGCUGAGAAAGGAAAAUUGCGCAAGUGCCCACGAAAUUUUUUUUGAAACGAAGUCGCACAUGUACCUCCUCUGCCCUGUUUAGGUGAGAUCUUGGAUUGGUUUACUCCUAAGAAUAAAAUUUUGCCGUAGAUUUGUCGUUUUAGUCAUAUGCUUUACAUGUUGCACAAAACCGAACUUCGCACUUUGACUUCGACCGAUUUGCUCUAUCAUCAAGUGGUUUCAUGUUAAUACUUGUAGCUGUUAUUUCAUCGUAAAUAUAACAUUAGUACAGGUAAUUUCUUUGUACAUCAAAGUUUCUCUAUGCAAGUACUGCUUGGUAUAUUAUGUACUUGUCUCAUGGCACGACAUUUUAACUGGUGUUACCAAACUUAAUAUUUCCAAUGUGCCACAAUUAUAGGCCUCCACAGACUUAAAAUUUGCUAUUUAUAAUGAUUAUAACGUUCCUAGUGACCUGAAUGUUAUUUUUACUUAUUUUAUAUAGAAAGGAAGGUCUUUCAUUUAGGACAUCUUGUCCUAUUAAGAUUCCUUGGGAGAACAUUUGUGACAGACCUAAACUAUAAAAAUAAAGAUGAGGAUCACCUGACAUGGGAGCAUAAUAUUCUUUCAACUUAUUGAAACAGCUGUUAGUACUACAUUUUUAAUUUGUUUAUUCUCCUGCUCUUCAAUUGCUUUCAAUCAUGGAAUGCACUUUCUAGAUGAGUGACAUAAUUUUUUGAUGAUAUGCUGUAGCUAUGAGUGCACCCUUAAGGCAGGUUGUAACAAACUGUGCAUCCAAUCAAUGCCCAUUGGACUACUGUACAAUAAUAUAGAUUGUGGAUCAACUCUUAUUUCAGAGUGUUGAACUAAAACCUGGUGGCUUAGUGUAUGAAGAGUGGGUUAAAACUUCACUUCCUGUGUACAUGAAGUAUUACGUAUUUGACUUGAAAAACCAUGAGGAAGUAAUGACAGGACAAGCAGUUCCUGCUGUAGAGCAGAAAGGCCCAUAUUCUUACAGGUAUGCUCACAAUGUAACAGUAUAACAGGAGUUACAAUAUAGCAAGCUACUGAUAGAAUUUUGCAAUUUAUCUGAAGCAAACUCGCCACCUAUUUUUCUCUUAAAUUAACAACACUAGAGUAGAGAUCAGACCUCCCAUUAUCUGCCUACUUUGAAGUUUUUGCCAUCUACUUUAAAACCUACCAAAAACCCUUGUACACAGAUAUGUCCUUGAAAAGAAAACUGUACAAUUGGUAAUUAGGGAACUUUCCUUAUCUUAUAGAGUAAUCUGUUUGAAAACUAAAAGCAAUUAUAACUUCUUAACCCUGUUUUCUUGUGCCUCUGUUCAUAUACUUGUACUUUUAGUUCACUUUUGUUCCUUAUUUUACAUCAACCUACUUUAUGAUUUCGUCUAUUGAUUAUUUUGGCGUUGAUUGUAUUAUACUUUAUCAAAAAGUGCUCCAAGUAUAAGUAGAACAAAAUAACCUGCUUUUCACAUGCUGGUGCCCACAAAUGUGUUGAAAACCUCACCUUUUACAGCAAGACAUGCCUUUAGAAUGAUAAGGAAUAUACACUCUAAUUACUUUCACUUCAGGAAAGAAAUUUGCUCAUUGCAAUUAGUCAAAUUUAAGGGAUUAAAUAUUUUGUAGAAUUACAUAAUGAAGUGACAUUUUACUGUAUGAAAUGAGUGGUUUUGAAUGAUUAGAUAUUUUAAAAAUGCAUAAAUUUGUUUUGCAGAGAACUUAGAUCAAAUGAGGUGCUGAACUGGACAAGUGACAGGAGCAUUGUAACUUUUAUGCCAAAUAGAACUUAUGUUUUUGAUCCAGAGACAUCUUGUGAAGGCUGUGAUGACAGGAAUGAUACAUUUAUGAGUGUGAAUAUUCCACUUAUGGUAAGCAGAGCUUUUAAUUUUUCAGCCUGUGAAAAUUUUACUCUACACUGGAUUAUUUAGUAAUAACUAUUCAAGGGCUACUUUGUGCAAUAAUGUGGUGUAGAUAACCUCAAAAAGUCACUAAAAGACAAUGCUUUACCGAAGAAAGUCUAUUUUUGACUUUCCCCCACAGUAAGUGAAGAUUAAAGCUUCUUUUCAGACAUAUUAAAUGGUCCUUUUAAUGCCAUCAUAAAUAAACCAUAACAAUUAUAAAGUGUAGACCAGCUGCCCUAGAAUAUAAUGGAUAUAACCUCAAGCAAGUUUGUUUACAAUUUCAAUACAAUCCUUUUAAUUUAUUUUAAGUUGUGAAUCAGUCACUCAUUUUAUUUUUUCUAAACCAGAACUUUUGAAAUUACACAAGGGGAAGUGUUAAACCUUUCGCUCCUAGGAUCUCAUUUAAUAAUUCUCCUUACAGCCUGUCAUACAAAUUUCAUGAUGUUAGUUUGGAGAAUUUGGUAUUGGAUCAACUAAUAAUCCCCUAAUUCAUAUUUUUCUUCAUUCUUAUCACUAGUCUGCAUGACAUAGUAUUAAUAAUGUAAAAAGGAAUUCUGCCUCGGUCACCCAUGGGAGUUAAAGGGUUGAUGACUGAAUCGUUUACAUUUUGAGUCUGCUCUGGCUAACUUUUGCUUUUUUUCUUGUGCAACAGACUCUGGCUUUGUGGGUAAGAAACAACAACUAUGACAAGAAGCACGGAUUCUGUUUCCUUGGAAUGCUAAUUGAAGCUGAAGUAUACAAAGUCAAAUUGUUUCAAAGGAAGACUGUGUAUGAUAUCCUGUGGGGAUAUAAGGAUCCAUUCUUGGAGUUCUUAGUACAUGCCAGCCAAGGAAUUCAUAUACCCUACAUAGAUAUAAACAUCACUUGCCCAGGGCAGGAUGGAUUAACAGACUUUAUCCAGUUACAGGUAAGUGAGCAGAAAUAUUAUUCACCUUUGUUAUUAUUACUUUUGAAGGGCUGCCAGAAAAAGACCACAUCAGGUAGCAUAGAACUGGUGCAAUUGGCAUAAUGCUUUGGCUUCCCUUUGUGUCAUUUGACACCAGAAAGACAGAGAUAAUUAUCUGUGCAAACCCAUCAGAAGUUGCAAAAAGUAACUCACUUUUGUAUAAGAGGAGUAUGUUCAGCUGGGCUAAUUGCUUUUGGGGAAAUAUGACAACUUUGUAAAACCUGCCAUGUCAUUCAUAGAGAGAAAAUAUAUAAUUUAAAGCGUACAGACCAUUAAGAAGACAAUACCAUUCGGUGCAUUAUGAAGCUGGUUAAACAAGUACAUAUACUAUUCAGUAUUGAAUAACUGAAAGGAGGUGUGAAUGGAAUAAACUUUUUUUGCCCCAGGGGCUAGCUAAUUUUAAUAAACUAAAUAUAUUUUCAGUAUAACAACACAUAUUAUGGAAUAAGUGCUGUGAACAGCGGACAAACUGAUAUCAACAAGCUUGAACAAUUUACUAUGUGGAGAGGAGAAUCGUAAGUGUGAAGGUUAUGCACAUGUCAAACAAUGAUACUAUGCCACUUUUGUUGCUUACAUUUUGCAGAGUAAGGCCUGUAGCCUCCUUUCAUACAUCCUCAGAUACUUAUAGAGACUGUUUCAUUGUUCUAUUAGUAGUGAGAUAAUUGUCAUUCAUUGAAUCUCAAUUAGUUGUCAUUCCUAAGCUCUAAUUGCUCCUCAGCAAAAUUUUUUCAGUUCUAUUAAUCUUAUUUGUUUUCAACAAUUUGUUUGCAAAUUUUUUUAGUCUACAACUUUUGCAUCAUUUGUUUUUCGCUAUACACUCAAAGUUAGUUGGAACAUCACGUUUCUUUUUCUCGCACUGAGAAUCUUGUAUUUUUUAGAAACACAGAUGCCUUUCUUAAAAAAAAAUUUUUUAAAAAAACAUGUCAAGCAUUUCAGUGUUUCACUAUGACACAAUUCCACUCCCAAAGCAUUUUGAAUUUGACUGACAUAAAAACUCUUAAAAAAAUUUUUCAAAUAGUAUUUUUGAAGUUGUAAAAGUAGCUAGAACAGCUUAAUGUAACUCAUCAAAUGAAUGUCAUUUGUCUUGGCUCUUCUCAGAGUGCAGGGAAUAGUUGUUAUUAAACAGUUAUUAUUAGUUAAUGUGCUGUAAGAAAUCAAAGCCUCCCAAAUUAAGUCUAUUGAUCCCUUAAUUCCCAUGAGUGACCAAGACAGAAAUUCUCCUUACAAUAGCAAUACAACAUGAAGCAGACAAGUGAUUAGAAUAAAGAAAACUAUCAAUUAGGGAAUUAUUGGUUUAUCCAAUAGCAAAUUCUCCUCACUAACACCAUAAGAAUUGUAUGGCAGACAGUAAGGAGAUUAACUAGGGAGAUCUUGGGAGUGAAAGGGUGAAGAAUUCUUGUAUAGUUGUCUAAUAUUCAUGAUUUGGUGCUUUUAAACUAAAAGAUCAAAUUUUGUUUACAUUUGCAGCCAUUUAUCAUGGUGGAGUGACAAGUAUGCAAAUAUGAUUAAUGGAACAGGUACAUUGACAUUUCUCAGGUUUUUAAGGCUCCCCUGGCCAACUGUAUCAAGUAACUGAUUAGUUGGUUAAACUGGCGAGACUAGUUGGUUGUGUUAAUUAAAUUGUUUUAUUACAUCCAUUUUGAAAUCACUGUUGAUCGUUGUAAUCUGAUCGGCUCUAAGCAAUGUGAUUAAUCCACGGAUCACUUGAUUUUUUUGCAACAAAUUGCAUCUUUUUCUCAGCUAAUGAGAAAGUACCGCUAAAAACAAAACAACUUAUCAGAUUUCAAGGCCUGUUUAAGUACAUGUUACCAGCAAAUUGUAGGAAAUUUUGCAACUUUUGUCCUCAAAACUUUCUCUUUUGUUUUUUCUUUGUUAACGUCUUUUUUGCUUUAACAAAGUGGACAGAAUCUUCCUAUUUUGUCUUGCAGAUGGUACUCAAUUUUCGCCAGGUGUUGAUAAACAUGCGACAUUAUAUGCCUUUUCUCCAGAAGUUUGCAGGUGAAGUGUUCUUGACCCCUCAGGACUUGUUACUCUAAUUCCUGUAGCACUGAAAAUGCAACAUAUCACUGAUGUAACGGAAGGAAAGGGCAGGGGAUGGGAGGGUUGUGUGCGAUGAAAUGGUACAACAUAUCACUGAUGUUACGGAAGGAAAGAGGAGGGGAGGGGAGGGGAGGGUUGUGUGCGAUGAAAUGGCACGUGGUCGUGAUGAGCAGUGAUAUGAACUGUCGCUCAGGACCAGGGAUAGGUAACGGCCGUUCAGUUUAAGAAGCAUCCAGCGCCAAGACUUGACGCAAAUAUUGAAGCUCUAGCCUUAGCAUGUUGCAGAUGUUCAGUUAGUGAAAUGAAGCGCGAUAGUAGCAGGGGAGUGAAGAAAAAAAGGGGGUCUGGGUCGGGUUAUGUGAUGAAAUUUUUUCCCGUCCCAAACCUCCGCGGCUUUUUCACUCCACCAAUACUAUCGCGCCGUGCACUAUUACGCUCCGCUCUACUAACUGAACCCCUAGAACAGUCUACUCUAACAAGGAGCCAAUAAAACGCAAAGUAAAAAUAAACAAACUGCUUAUUGGCUGCGAUUGGUUCUAAUUUUGAAUCUGAUUGGUUGAUAGGAUGGCGCUAGUUUUAACUGGAUCAAUCAGGUGGCAAAGUUGAGAAAUAUCCAAGCAAUCUUGGCUUACUUUGGACGCUCAAUUAAAAAUUGUUUUAUGCAUCUAGACUGUGGUUUAAGGGGAAAAAAAUAUCAAAAGUCGCUCGCCAGAGCAAAAUAUAUUUUCGUCUAUGUGAAGUUUUGAUUUCCUUUUCCACAGAUCUUUAUAUUUUGUCUAUGAAUCUGAUCAGACUGUAAAGGACAUUAAGCUGUACCGCUUCACAGCACCAGAUAAACUUUACUUGAAUGGUGAUACUUAUAAGCCCAAUAAAGGAUUCUGCAUGCCCUCUGGCUGUUUACCCACUGGCUUGCUGAACAUCAGCCGCUGUCAGCCACUGAGUAAGUCAAAGGAAAGUUUACAGCCCUAAGAUUCGCUUAUCAAUACUCUUCCUCUUUGCUUAUCAGUAAUAUUUUUUGUUGACAGUAACAAAUUGAAGCAGAGUUGAUUAAAUACACGUCAACCCUUUCACCCUCUAGCAGUGACUAGAAUCUAAUUUCUCCUUACAAUAUCACCCUUGAAUCAACCAUUUAAUUCAUGAGAAUAAAGGAAAUGAAGAAAAUCUUGAUUGUUAAACAAAUUCUCCUUGUCAGCACCAUAGGAAAUGUAGAGAGAAUAGUAGGGAGAAAAUGCAUACUGAUGUUAAGGUGUAAAGGUUAAAUUACUCGCGCGGCUCGUGCUCUUUGAUUGGCUCAAGUUUUGGCGAAUAUAUGGCCCACGUUUGUAUGUUCGAGCAUAAGCCAAGGAAACUGGGUCUAGCGCACGAAGUUGAGACUUUUAGGGAGAAAUGUUGUGAAAAGUCAAAAUUAUUCUUUUGAAAUGCUGUUGUUACGAUUCAUCAUCGCACAACUAGUAACUUGCUCUGGUAAAAACUUUAAAGAAGAGAUUACAAAGUGCAUCGACCAAUCGGGACAAGAAAUUGUCCUCGUUUCAGAGAAACAAGCGUCAGUAAUUUCUCAGCCAUUUAUAUCAUUCGGCCAGUGGUAGUACCUGCACUAGCUUAGCUACGCUUUUCAUGGCCUCUAUCGUCUUGUGAGAGGGAGUUGGUUUAAGUACAAGCCUGUUUAUCUUUACUGUCAUUUAGUGAUAAUUUUUUUAACGCUUUUGUUUCUCCAGAUCCACCUGUAGUGUUAUCGCCACCUCAUUUCUACCAAAGUGACAAGUCCUUGUUAAAAGCGGUUCAUGGGCUUAACCCAGAGAAGAGCAAACACGAAACUUACGUUGAUAUCGAACCGGUCAGUAGAGUAAUACAACAAGUUAAUUAACUGUGUAGCAAAGAAACAUACGUGGUUUCAAAUUUUGUGCAUUUUACUGACAUAGCAGUUUCAGCUGAGUUUCGAAAAACAAAAGUAAUGACAACAGCCAACCGGAGAGAAGGUGGACAUUAUCAUUAGCCAAUGAGAACUUCAAUUAAAAGGAGCCAAAUCGCUCGAAACGCGGGAAAACGCGGGCGACAAAAUCGCGAUUAGUUUAAGUUUUGCAUCUGAUUGGUUGAGGAGGUGGCGUGAGUUUUCUGGACCAAUCACAGUGCGAAGGAAAACCAAAGCAAGUAUGGUUACUCCCGAACCUCAAUUGAAACUGCUCUAUUUCUCGUAAGAGUAAGUUUUCACAGAUAAAAGAAAUUUCGCAAAAUAGGACGCUGCAAAAAUGUCAAGCGUAAACACCUGUAUUUAAAUUCAGUGUCAGUUUGUAUUCUUCAUUUCCGUACUCAACUCAGUCCACGUAUCUCUUCGUAGAAAACAUCUUCCUUGUUGCUUCCCUGUGUAUAACUGUAGAAGUCGGCAAAUUUUCCCUUAUUUAUGUUCUGCCUCUUGUACAGAAAAUCUUACGUGUUAGUUCCCAGCAGGAAUUUCAGCCACCUUGAAGCGUAAAGAUUUGUUUCCACAAAACAGAAAACCUUCCUAAUCCACAACAUUUUCAUGCUGCAUUGCAUGCUGGUAGCUCAUGAUAACGAACUAGCCUGUUAAUUCUUAAACUUUCAGUACUGAUAACCUUGUGUCUUCUCCCUAUAAUCCAUAUAGUAUCCCACACAAACAGGUAACGAGGAUACUCAAACUUAUCAGAUAGAAGUUGCUAUCAUCAUCUAACACCAAAUUCUAGGAACUAAUUUUAACCCUUAGGAGUGACUUGCAUCUUGAGUGAGUGAGUGAGUGAGUGCACUUGCACUCAAGUUGUGAGUAACUUGCACCUUGAGUGACUUGCAAUUUCUCCUUACAGCAUUACUACUGAAUCAAACAUCAGGGUUAUGAGAAUAAAGGAAAUGAUCACACACCCAAGAAGCUCAUGACUGUUAAAUCACACCCCCAAGAAGGACUCUCUGGGUCAUGACUGACGUUGUCUUAAAUCAAUCUUCCCUUAAAACCGUAAAAACCAUAGGAAAAUUUACAGAGAACAGUAUGGAAUAUACAAACUGAUGUUAGAUAUUUGCGCCGAAUAAGUAUUUAUUUAUUAUUAUUAGGGUGAAAAGGGUUAAAGGAAAUGUUUAGCAACGAGAGGGAGGAAUAAACGAUCAAAUCUUGGUAGUUUACCAUUUAGCUGCCAAGAUCUGAUUGUUGAUUCUCCCAUCUAUCUGCCGAACAUUUCUUUAUAAAAUCAGUAUCGAGAGUUUGGUGUCAGAUUAAGAUAACAAUUUCGAACUGAUAAGUUUGAGUUUUCUUAUGACCUGUUUGUUGGAUGUGGAGAGAAUAUUAUUGGGAGAAGUUGCAUGUUAAUCACUUGUGGGAGUUAAAGGGUUAAACGAUAGGCUUUGUCUAGAUAAUACCAAGAGAUGUAAUUCAAGGGGCUCUGUCGUUUAUCGUCUGUCUCGCAUACAUAAGCUCUUGGGAUAAACGUGUUGAUCAUAACCAUUACAAUUUCCUCAAAUAUGAUUGGUGUAUCAGCUGCUUUAUAUUUCACUAAUCACUCUGUGCACUUGCAAUCGGACAGUGUAAUUGGACAGUUGGCUGUAAUCGGACACCUAUAAUCGAACAGUUGAAGCAGCCAAUCAUACUAAGUCCACUCAGCUAAGUCCACUCAGCUAAAUCCACCAAUCUCAAAUUGAUCACAAUAACCAUAACAACAACCGCUUACCAUGUAUAAAGAAACUAGGAAGUUUCCAAAUUUUUUGCUUUAGACAUUGCUCAUUUGCAUUUUUUUUUUCAGAAAUUGUAAUGGUUAUGAUUAAUUGGUAACAGGACUUCGUGUCGUCCAAUUCUGUCUGUAGUCAUACUCUUGAUUGACCCAUCGGACUCCCGCUUCGCGGUCGUCCGAUUUUGUUAAUCACUCGUAUGAUUACAGACCGAAUUCCUUUAACCAUUACUAACAACGACUAGCUUUCAUAGCAUAUUGCUGAUCGUGACGAUAUGAUGGUUGCAUGUCACGUCUGAAGCUGGUGAAGGCUCAACCCACACACCAAACUCUCUUUAGCCCAGGAGUAGAGAAUCGGAAGGCGGAAUACAAAGGUGUCUGGUUCACCUCCUCAUGGGGACUCAGAUUCUUUUUCUUUGUCCUGAUGGCAGUGACCGGACGAACAAACAUCUUUCUUUAACUUUCAGUCAUGUUGGUCAAUCCUUAAUUCUUCUGUCUGUCACUGAAACUUUUUUUCCAGAUUACUGGCAUUGUUAUGAGGGCAGCUAAAAGGAUUCAAAUCAACAUUGCCGUGGAGCCUGUGAAAAUGUUCGCGUAAGUGGAUAUAAAUUUAUUUUGGAUAUAAACUUACUGUGCUUUGCUGAAUACCAUGCGAACUGAAGAGUCCUAGGCGCCUCUUGAAAACUUUGUUUACGUUGCCAUCAGUCAAUCAUGCCUAAACUCUCCCAACUUGUGUCAACAUUUUUAAAAUCAAUGAUUUAAAAAGGCACUUAAAGAUAUGCUGAUAUGCUUUUUUUUUUUUGCAGUCCAACUAAUGGGAAAUUUUCGAAAGUUUUCCUUCCUGUGAUGUACGCUAGUGAGGUAAGGCCAAUUUUACUCCUCUCCUUUGCAUCCUUACGUUAGGAGUCAUUUGAGAGUCUCUAAAGAAUUUCAAGCUUAGAAAAACUUUGAAAAAAAAACGAUUUGAGAAUUUUAGCUGCUGUAAUUUGUUGAAUAUGUAAAGUGGCGGAGGUCUAACAAUUUGCUGUUUAACUCCUCAGAGUUUUGUAAUUACCGACGGGAAAGCAGCCGAUUUUCGUCACAAGGUGUAUUUACCAAUCACAAUAACAGAGGUGAUACAAUAUUUUCUGAUGGGGCUGGGAGCCCUGUUCAUUCUAGUAGCCCUGUUGUUGCUGAUCUUGACGGCCAAUAAGAAGAAAAACGAUCUAGAAUUGCGUGUAAAUGAGGUAAAUCAGAUUUAAAGGUUCUUAAAUAUUGGUAAAAAAUGCAUAUGUUAAUGAAAAAGGAAUGUGUUCCCUAUGGUAUAUGCAUCAACGUGAAAUUUGGUACCUGAAAUGCGUAGAACCGCUGAAUUCCCACUACCACAGGCUCCUGGAGUGAGCCCUUUUCAAAGCGCAUGCGCAAGGCCGGUAUCAACCUGAGUGGUUCGUUACCCAUGACGUACUCGUAAAGAUAUUUGUUUUCCAAUAUUUGUUAUUCGUUGAUCUGUGGCGGAAAAGGUCGAUUGUGUGUCUAUUAGUUCCUCGCUCAUGUCUGUAAAGCACAUUCUUUCUUAGUACACGGAUUUAUUUAUCCAGAUAUUAUUUCCGGCGGAAGAAAUCGCCGCUUUGCAAAGCUACUUGACAAUUGUUAUUGCUUUGAUUUGUUUUGCCUUUUUUUACUCUGGUUGAUUUAAAGAUCGAAAAUAUAAUGCUCAAAAGACUUUCUAUCGUAGUUGUAGCUAGUUACAAAACGCUAUGUUGUUAAACAUGUUUUGUUUUGUUUCCUCAUCCUAGGGCGAUGGUCAUGUUAAGGACGAUGAGAGACAGCCUCUUGUUACUGACGGGUAAGUCGUGCUCAAUUUUAGUUUGGUAGGCUCUAAAUAGCCAGUUAUCUCUUUUGUACCUUUUCGCUGAUGUUUAAUGGAUUUUUACGCGUGCACCGAGAGACAACUUCUUAAUUUUUUCUGAAGCAUUUCUGCGAAUAAAAUGUUAAAUCUUCGAGUCUGAUUAGCAAAUCGCGUUCGCAAUAGAUGCAACAUUUUUACUGUACGGUCCACGGAGAUUAACAUUUUCCACGCCUUUCGCGGCAAAGCGGCCUUCAGACUAACGCUAUACUCCAGACUCCUUGGGCAUCGUUUUUUUCCCUCACGGACCUGUUGCCUGGUAAAUGACAAAUUUUAUGUAUAGUUUAUGACAACUCGAGUUUUCUCUCCAACAGUAGCGCGAUGUACACCUAGAAGAGAUCUUGCACCAACUUUUCAAGAAAAUGAAAUGGAGAAAUGCUGGGAAAUGUUUAAUACGCGGAUUAGAGGACGCCGGAAAAAAAAGGACUUUUUCUUACAGGAAUACAUACCUGCUUUGUAAAGGUUGCUGAAAGCUUCGUUUGUUUGCAAAAACUGAAUUUAUUUUGUGAUGAUGGAACUUUAUGCACAUUCAAUUAGCGAUGAUAUUCAAAUUAGUAUAGAAAGGGUAGAAUUACUAACAGCGAGACAAAUAUGCAUGCUAAUUUAUUAAGUUAAAGAUACAACCGAGUUAACUUAUGCGCCAGUGUUAACAUGAAAGGAACAGGACACAGCUCAAUCCUCCAUGUUGGGUCUGAUCCAGCUUUUUCGCAUGUAAACCGCCUUCAAACAUUUCCGGCAUUGCAUGAAAGGUUUUCCUUCUCGGUGAUUCAGCUCGAGUUAAACAAGUAACUCGAAUUUGUAUAAAGAGGCUCCUAACAGUGGAGGAAGUGAUAAGGGACUGCUAUGGUCUCAGUACACCUCGCUUUGUGAUUGAUCCAGAAAAUUCGCUCUUCAUUGUCUCAACCAAGCAAAUGUUAGGAUUUAGGCACCCAUGAGUGAUCAAGGCAGAAUUUCUUCUCACAAUUUCAAUAAGUAUCAAGCAGACAAGUGAUGAGAAUAAAGAAAAAUAUAAAUCAAGGGAUAAUUCGUUGAUCCAAGACCAAAUUCUUUUUUUUUUUUUUUUUUUUUUUUUAAAUUUUCACUUAAAGCACAAAUACUAGAGUAAUACAAACAAAUACAAAGUUAAUUACACUAACGCUUGCGCUACUCACUAACACUAAUUACGAAAUACUACAUUACAUUACAUUCACAGUCGGCUAGAUUUAAUUUAUGUUGUGGUUAUAUAAUAAUAUAAGCCUAAUUUGUACAAAUACUUCGACAUCAAAUUCCUUUUUUGGUAGAACGACUGUAUAUACAACUGCGUCUAUAACUGUUAAUACCGAUACUCAUCUAUUGAGUUACAAUAACAUGUUUUCCCUCUUUUUAUAAUGAAAAGAUUCUUUUUUAUUCUUUUUUGCAAUCAAAAAUUCAAGUUUCCGAGUUUCAGAUGUUUUAGCCUUCAGUAAGGAUACAGACGGCUUGAUAUUUUUACAACGACAUGAAUAAAUGGUAUAUUUUCCAAGAAUGAUUAUGUGAUUUAACAAACAAUUCCCAGGGUUAUUAUCGGAAAUACCAAAGAGGAUUGUUACCUCAUCAAGCUUAUCAAUUUUCAUAUUGUAAGUAUUUAACCAAGAAAUAACCGAAAGCCAAAAGUUUUUAGUGUAGGUACAGCUGAUUAGAAGAUGCUCAAGAGUUUCUUCGUGAUCUCCACAAAAGGUACACAUCGGAGAAGGAACCAAAUUCAUUUUAUAUAGGAUUUUAUUGGUGUAGAGAAUACGAUUUAAGAUUUUGUAUUGAAAGGCUCUCGUCCUGGUGUCAAGAGUCAAAAAAGACCAAAUUCUCCGAACGAACAUAAUAAGAAUUGUAUGGCAGACGGUAGGGAGAAUUACUACUGAGAUCUUGCGAGUGAAAAGGCCGAAUGCGUGUAAGUCACGUUUUGACGCGCUUCAGAUGGUUUGCUCUGUUUUUACCUGGAUAACAAUUUGUUCCUAGAAAAAGUCUUCUCUACUCUGUUUUAAUUACUCUGGUUUAGAUUUUUAGGACUCUAUAGAAAAAUCCUUUUUUUAUACAUUAAACGCCUUGUAAUGUAGCUACGCUGUACUCUUUCUUCGAACAUGAGGAAUGUUAGUUAAGUAGCGUCAAAAAAGUAAUCUAGUGAUAAUCUAAUUGAAUUUAAUUUUUAUAUAUGUAAAGCAUCAAAUGCUGGAUGAGUUAAAUUAAAUUUAACAAUUUUUAGGGCUGAGUUUUUAUUGCCUUGGUAACUCCCAGUCUAUCUGGCAGUCCCACUUUGAACAACUCGGCCUAGACGGAUAUGUUAAACUGUAUUCAGAUAAAGCUCUUCAAGAGAAAAUUCGUGCUGCUAUAUCGAUGUUGCCCAUAGUUUUUCAUUCUGUCGAAACCUAUCAGUGUUUCUUUUUUGUUUGUUUGUUCGGGUUUUUUUUUUUUUUUUUUUUGUUUUUUUUUUUUUUUUUUUUUUUUUACUUAAAAGCGAUGUAGUUACCUGGGUGGAAACUGCGAAGUACUUCGUAAAUUGAACUCACGUUCACUUCCUGCUGGAUGAAAUACUGUAUAGAUUUGUGUGAAAUGAAAGAUUUGGACCUGGGAGUUACUGUAAAUGCUGUCGUGGGAUCGAAAAAUAUCCUGAAAAUGGGUUUUUUUUCUUGCCGUGACAGUUUGGUAUCGUCGCAAGCUACCGCUGUCUUGUCACGCAACGCCUUCUUUCCCAUACCAGGUCGUUGUGCGUGACGUGAGCAAACAGCGGUCUGCGCGCGGCGAGUCAGAAUUGACACUUAUGCAUGUCUGACGUUUUCGAGCUCCUGUGUUUAUGUAAUUUAAAGACUACGAGAAAUGAUAAAAUAGCAGAUUAGUUUGAGUUCCAUAAAAUAAAAGUUAACGCUUUUGCCCUAGCUUAAGUCUAGCACCAUUUCUUCCAUAAGGUGCGAGAAAUUUGAUUGGGGUCAUCAAAAUUCUUAGCAAGGACUUCUCAAAUGUUUAUAGAGGUACUGGUGCUUAAAUGAAAAUAGAUCCACGAUAUUCGCUCAAAUAAAUCAAGGUCUUGCUUGCAAUAAAUAUUUAUUGUAAAUAAAAUAAGGAAGAUGGUAAGUUUUAGGCUCGAUAAAGAAAUAGAGAAAGAUGUUUUUCGUUUUGUCACAAGCGUGGGACAAAGAAAAAAUUCUGAGUCCCCGUGGGGAAUCGAAUCUCAGACCUUCGGAUUCCGCGCUCCGAUGCACGUAUAUUGCUGAUCCCAGCAGUAUGCAGGACGCGUGUCAUAAAUGAACUUUGUGAUGGGCCUUGCUCACCAGAGUCUAUUUCUUUACCGAGCUUAAAACAUGCCAUAUUUCUUAUUCUAUUUACAGAACACGACGCUAUCGGUAUUGCUGAUCCUAGCAGUGUGCAGUACGCGUGUCAUAUAUAGACUUUUUUUGGGCUUUUUCUCACCAGAAUCUCUGUGGCUCAGUGGUAGAGCAUCGGAACGCAGAAUCCGAGGGUUCGAUUUCUCAUAGCAACUCAGAGUUUUUUUCUUUAGCCCUCACUCGCUACAAGACGAAAAACAUCUUCCUCUAAAAUAUUUAUUAGCAAGUGGUUUGUUCCGAGUCUUCAAUCGUUUUCGGUACAAGAGUUCUUGAAAGAAUUUUAGGGGAUAAUUCAGAUAAACAAAUUUCUUUGUAUAAUAUUUUGCUGAUCACACGCGGUUUCUGUAUAAAGAAGGAAGGGAGUGCCUCACAUAUCUUUCUCUAUAUAUGUCAAUAGCCACCCUCUGCCAUACUUGGUACUGCUCGAUCUGGUCGAUCGAUCCUGAGGCACUCAGGUGAGAUCGCGUGACUGUCCCAAGAGCGCGGCCAUCGAGUCCCAAGCCUUCUCGACUUGGACGUUCAAACCGCUUACACGCGCCAGACAUCGAAUGUAAUCGUGCUAAUUAGCGUGAAGAAUCAAACUCGGCUGAUUUUUUAAAUCAGGGGAAAUCCAGUUUAAGUUACUCCUGGGAACAUGUGGCGAUCAUUCACAGCUGAUUCUCUCACAGGCAGGUCACGGGAGAAGUUGCCUGCAAACCCUAUGAAACGAACUAAACAUUACCGACGAUUCAAUAUUGACCUUGCUCUUGUGAGAGUAUGCCAAAGUUUUCUCUUUGACAAAUUGUACUCCAUUACGAGAUCUACCAUUAAUUUCUAUACGUCAUGGCAUUCUUUGGUUGUUGCAGUAGACGAUUUUUUAUCACAUCUCUUACGGUUUUCGGGCUCAUUCUCCUUGUGAGUGGCACUAUAUUAACGGCAAGUCAUGUGUUCUCGAAGCUCAUCAAGGAUAAAGUGAAUGAGGUCAGUUCCAUUUUUAUUAAAAUUGUAUUCCGAAUAGCUUUAAAAUUUAGUGAAAAUGUAGUUUUCUUUUGCCCAGUUCUUGACUAUGCUACGCAGCUUUUUUUUCCUUUUUAACGGGUUUAAAUGCUACUUCAGAGUACCUCUUAGCAGUAUUUUUGAAACUCAGAGAGCAAUUCUCAAAUAGUCCAUUUUACAGUUGUGUGCUUGGUUGCCAAGCCUUUGAACAGGAGUGAGGCUAAGGUUGACCUUGUUAUGAUACCAAUCUUGCUGCUUUUCAAAUGCAAAUUACUUUGUUAUCAUGCUAACUAGAUACUGGUCUCUAUCACAACAAGGUCACCUUCAGCCUCACUCCAAAUCUAAGGCUUGGCAACUAAGUACACAACUGUAAAAUGGACUGUUAACCCUUUAUGCCUGAACCUCAGUAUGAAUAUUCUCCUUACAGUUCCCUAUAAAUUUCCCAAGGUGCUUACAAGGUGAAUUUGCUUAGUUAUCAAGAGCUUCUUUAGGUGGUGAUCUCUUCCUUCAUUCUCAUGACCUUAAUGUGUGAUUUGGUGGUGAUAUUGUGGGGAGAAAUUAGAUGCUAGUCACUAUUAAAGGUCAACAUGUUACAAAAAAAAUUGAUGGUGGGGGAGAGCUGGACCAGUAGGGCAAAAUUGAGAAGGACUGGAGGAAAGACACUUGAAUUUUCCCUGAGGUAGGGGGUAUGUAAUCCCCACCCCUCCACCAAGAUUUAUUUCUUCUCUUUCCUUUAUAUUUUUCACUCAACAAGUCUAAGUUGCAGCCAGCUUGCAGAGCAAGAGAGUGCUUUGUAAAUUAGGCUGGUGUAAAUACUUUUGGAGAGCAGGGAUGGUACAGUGAUGAGGGCACUUGCCUCCCACCACUGUGGCCAGGGUUUGUUUCCCAGUCCUGGCUUCACAGGUGGGUUAAAUUUGUUUUUGGUGCUGGUCCUUCCCUCCUCUGCUUUUCCUCCCUUCUCAAAAAACCAACACUCCAAAUUCCAAUUGGACCUGGAAAAAGUCAAUAAGAAUAGCUACCAAGUGGAAGCUGAAUUGCUAAAUUCCUAAGUAUUUAUUUUAUUUUUAUCUAAAUAAAAAAGGGGGGUGUUAACAGCUUACUAGUCACUCAUUCUUAGGAUGUCCAAUUGAAACCUGGCAGCACCGUGUAUAAAGAGUGGGAAAAUGCAAGUGUCCCUUGGUAUAAGAAGUUCUAUAUGUUUAACCUGACAAAUCCUGAGGAGGUAAUGAAUGGAAAUGCAACUCCCAAUGUGGAACAGAUUGGACCAUAUUCCUACAGGUACCACAAUCCAUGCAUAAAAUGUCAUUGAAAAAAUAAUAAUUGAUGAAUGUUAUUAUUAAUAACUAUUAUCAUUUUAUUAUAAUUUUUUUUUAUUAAACAUUAUUGAAAUCCUCCAAAGUGUUUAAUCACAGAAACAUGUUCCCUAUUCAUGUUAGAGGGUUUGAAAGAUAGUCAUAUGCAAUUUAAGCGGUUUAGUUGGUUUUAUAUAACCAAGUAGCUUUCUGCAUUGUUGUCAAAUUGAACAAAAGCAUGAAUAAGCUUUUUGUUCUGAACAAAAAAGCAAACAAUACAGCUUUUAAAACCUUCGGUAUUGCACACAUGAUGCAGGAUAUCAAUGGAGUAGCUUGGGGGUCCUGGGGUGCCUGUGACCAAAAGCAAAAAACCAACUAUAUUCAGGUGGCAACAACUGGUGAGUACCCUCUGUUUGACACAGUGUGACCCCCCUUUGAAAAAACUUGGGUAUGCCCCAGGGUAAUAGAGGUUUAGGUCAUAGAUGAACUUAAAUUUGGUGGACAGAGGCAGAGAGAUUGGAGGGAAAGGGAAGUUUCGGUGGGGACAGCUUCCCCACAUUUCCAUGUAGAAAUUAUUGCAAACACAAGAUGAAAUUUGAUUGAGUUCUUUGAAUACUCUCUAUCAUAACAAAUGAUUGAACAUUGUGAUUGCACUUGGCUAAACAAUAUGUUGGGAGACUUUCCUGCUCUAUAAAAAGUUGAUUAUGGACACACUGAAAACUAUUAAAAUGUAAAAGAGAUGUGCAUAUGCUGACAAACUAUUCAGAGGACAUUUUGGGAAAUUUUAGUAAAGCUAAGUGACAGGCUCAGUGCUUCAUCAACCCAUUCCCACUGCCCCCCUCUCCCCUCCCCCCUUGCAUUCCCUCUCAUAUUUCAAAGCAUUCUGCUGCCUCUUGUGUGUGCACUACCCAAAGAGGUGCAUUCCUCUGAAUGUAGGUCCAUUUUACAGUAAAUAUGACAAGACCAAAAUCAAGACUCCAUUUUCAAGUGUCCAUCGGGUAGGGUACACUCAGAUACAUGCUUUUCAAUCUGCAGGUAAUGUUAUGAUUUGCAUCUUCUUUACAGAGAAUUAAGGUCAAACAAGGUGCUUAAGUGGACAGAUGAUGACAGCAUUGUGACAUUCAUGCCAAACAGAACAUAUAUUUUUGAUCCAGAGACAUCCUGUGCUGGUUGCCAUGAUAAGAAUGACACUUUUGUUAAUGUCAACAUUCCUCUAUUGGUAAGCUGCAAAGUGAAAUAUUUGUAGCCAAAACCUAUCAGUCAUGGAAACUGUACCAAAGUCUAAUAGAUCAAAAUUAAAUGAGAUAAAUUGUAUUGUAUAGGUUUUAUGUGGUAUAUUAUUAUCACUUUGUUGGGCAUAAUAUGGCAUUUUGUGGGCUAAAAUGAAGAUUGUGGCAGGCUUAAACAUAUUUUAACUGACUUGCCCCCUCACAUGAUUGUUCAGACUGUUUGUGGUCAUAGUUUUCAGUUUUUAUUUUCUCAAUGCCCUCCAUAGUGAUAAUAAUUAUAAUAAUACUGUUCAUGCUCUUGGGCAUAAAUAUAUUUGGGACCCAUCUCAAAGAUCAACUUUGGACAACAUUUUUGCAUGUUUGAAAAAAUGUUAGAGAAAAUCUCCUUUUUUUCUGUCUUGGAACAUUUUUUGUCACUUUACAGACCUUGGCUUUGUGGCUGAGAAAUACCAAUUAUACAAAGGAACAACCUAAGGUCUGUUCAGUGGGAAUUAAAGCUACAGUGGACAAAUUCAAGCUCAAAUUGUUUCGAAGGAAGACCGUUUAUGAUAUACUCUGGGGAUAUCAGGAUGAAUUUCUUAAGUUCCUUCUCAAGAUUUCCAAACUAACAGGAUGUCCUGCUCGAGAAGGAAUUACAACAUUUAUCCAAUUACAGGUAAAGAAACAUGCUAGGACUUAGACGAUAUUUAGCUAUUACAGAUGCUUGUGGUUAAAUUUGACUAGAAGUGUUUGUCAAGAAUCUGAUAUACCAAACAGACACACAAUCAAGAUACUGUGGAUUACACAUCUAUCAACCUAAUUAAGAGAUGGCAUGUUACUCAGAACAAAGAUUUCAAUUUAAGGAGUACAAUAACCCAGUGCCACAUGCAAUAGCCCUUAUGGGGUCUGAGAAAUGAUCCCUUAUGUUACAAUUCUGUCUUUUCCUACCUGUCUAUAAACUGAAAAAUGCUGAUUCUUGCUUGAAAUUUUAUAGAUGAAGUUCCUUUGUGCAGCUGGCUUCAAAUUCCUUUUGACUCUUCAGCAGCUGUCACUCUCAAGUUCUGAAAUCUUUAUUGCUCUGGCUGUUUAUGAUUAUUAUACUAAAUGGCUACCUGUGUUAAUUUGGUCAUUAUAUCUUAGUCCUCAGUAAAUUUCCCUACACUGAAAAUUUUUACUGAUUUUUGGUAGUUCAAAUAAAUUAAAUCAUUCAUUUUUUUAGCUACAAAUGAUAACAAGAAACUAACUUCUUUUAUAUCCUCACAGCUGAACUGUCAAAACGUCAGAUUCCUUUACAUAAUUAGAUUAAAAACUUGCUAAAAUUCACCUCACUCUCAACAAGAGGCUUCAUAGCUUGGUUUAGUGUAGCACUCAACUAGUGUUCAGGAGAUACAGAUUCAAAAAGGUUUUGCAGUUUUCUUUGAAUCUGUAAUUUCUUUAGCUGCAGUUCAACUGUGGGGAUGUUCAUGAUAUUGCAGUCACUCUUGGGGUUAAAAGAGUUUUUAAAAAGGCUCGGCACUACUGCCUGCUCAGAAGAGAAAUUGGCACAAAUGACAAUGGCAGUGAAUUGUAUCAAGGAAGAGUGAGUUUGUGUACCUUUUAGUUGCGCGUGCACUCACCGUCUUUCCUUUUGUUUUCAGUACAACAACACAUUUUAUGGCAUCAGUGCCGUGAACACUGGAAGAACUGACAUAAGCAAGCUGGAACAGUUCACUAUGUGGAGAAACGAAUCGUAAGUAUUACCAAGUGAAGAAAUGUAAAAUGGUUUCCGUGUUUACAUAGCCUGAUGUAAACACUUGGGAGGUUGGGAGAACACUCGAUAAGCUGGAAACCACUCCGCUUCGUGUCGUGGUUUCCUACGCUUAUCGAGUGUUCUCCCAACCUCCCGCGUGUUUACAUCAGGCUAUGUAAACACGGAAACCAUUUUACAUUUCUUUUAUAAAAUAACUAAUGAAAGAGGAACGAAAACCGUGUUUACAUACGCUCAUGUAAAAUGGUUUUAUGGCCAAUCAGAGCGCGCGUACUAUUUGAAUUAUUUUAUAACGAUUAAUUAUAAACAGUUUAUAAUAUCUAGGUAUUACGCAGUACCAAUAAGUAGCGAUAAGGUACCCAAAUCGCCAUUGUGUCAGUUUUGCGUCUGAUUCUAGAUCACCCACAGAAGAUAAUGAAACAAUACAAAUUAACUUCUAUAAUUCUUUUGACCCUCAAUAAAAAAAUACGAGCACGAGCAUACAUAAUUAGAGACGAUUCUGCUCACGGUUCGCUCGUGAGGUAUUUAGUUAAGAUCCAUUUGGAUCUAAGGCAGCCAUUUUUAAUAUGGUACCUAAAAUACAAUAUGUUUCUCUUGCAGCCAUUUAUCCUGGUGGAGUGAUAAAUAUGCAAACAUGAUCAACGGAACAGGUAUUUGGAGGCAAAGGCAUAACAUGCUGUAUGAUUACUUCUACCACAAAAUUAAUGUAAACAACUGUUUGCUCCUUUGAUUACUACGCAUUAGAAAAUGAAAAUCUGAAAAAAGGCAAUUAAUUGUUGAGGGACUCAUGAACUAGUUUGGACGUCUAGUAUUUCGAUGGACAAAGUUAAGGGAAAAAUGGUAUAAUUUACAGGUAAAACUGGAAAACUACGGACUGAUUGACUUAGCAUGAUUACUUAUUCCUUCAUCACUUGUUGGGGCGCUUAUGGGCCGCGGGUGUCUUAAACUGUCCGAAACCAAAGUAUUUACAACGGCCCCUAAAGACAAAAAUAAAGUUCGCAAGGACAUUUUGAGAACCCAAAAAGAACAGUCACGUGACUGAGCACUGGCGCGUUGUUUGGUAGGUUGGCGCACAUGACACAAAUUUAAACAAUUCUUAAUUCAGGAUGACUUUGGAACUGAAAUGAAUGCAAUUUAGAUAAUUUCGCUGACGAUUUCAAUUUUGAUCGUUUCUAUAACAAAAUAUGAUGUCUUAAUUGGUUGUUUCAAUUCCAGUUUUGUCCAAAUGCACCAUUCACUUGUGAUGAGGGUGGCUAAAGCUUUGUGCGUGACGCGUAAUUAAGGCCAAAAUUGAUAUACGAAGCGUUAUUUUUUUACAGAACGACGAGCGUGAUUCUUGAAUUUAAGAACUAGCGUGAGGUGUGAUUUGCUCCCUAAAAUAUACGCGGAAAGGGAAUUCUUUUCUUUCAUUUUGUGGAAACCUCUAGAUUUCCCUGUAACCUUGAGCACAAGAGAGAUUUGAAUUUUUUCCAUUUCAAUACGUGACGCGUGAAUUUUCUCAAAUUCGUGCGUGAAACGUGAUCAGGACCUCCCCUUUUGCUACCCUCUGUAAAAAGACAGGCCAAAUCGGAUAAUAGCCAAUAGCCAUAGCUAAUAGCCAAUAAAACUCAACUACCAGCCAAAUACCAGCAAAUCAAAAUGAAGAUUACCUCCUGAGUGAGCUUUAGGUAUUUUGAACAAUCUUCAGACUUUAGAAAGUUGAAAUUUAAUUUAGCUAAAUAUAAAUCAAUAAGAAACGUAUGUAUCAUCACAUUAAAUUUUCCUAUCCUGCAUUUUUUUAUUGACGCUAUGAAUUGGUAAUUGGACUUCGCGGCGUACAAUUCAUGGGUAAUCAUGCUCUUACUCUCAAAUCACGUGCCUGAUUGCUCCCUAAUAUCAUUACUUAGCGGUGAUAUAUCACGUGAAUUAAAAUAUCUUGCAGUAUUUCCCUUUGUUUUUAAUUUUCUUUUGUCAUCUUUUUGUAUUUUAUUUGGUUAUUUUGCUUUGAUGCAGACGCUACUCAAUUCGCUCCAGAUGUCGAUAAAGAAAACAAAUUUUAUGUUUUCUCGCCAGAAAUUUGUAGGUAAGACCCUGGUAUGCUACUCCUAAUCAAAAUCUGCAGAGAAUCUUGUGAAGUUUUAACCUUAAUUGCAUGUCUAUGCGUGUUUCUGUUUAUGAAAGCUUUGUUUUCAUAAGUAAUGAUGGCCUGGAUUCUGAAUUGAGGGGGGGUAACCCAAAAUUUCAGUUCGGGGCCACGCAAACCACUCGACGUAAAAUGACGACGCCAGAUUUUGAAAUUUUAGUCCAAAUUUGGGGGCCUACGUUGCUGGAGUUUCAGAACCUUUUGAAGUUGAUCUAUGGUUUUCUUUUCCUCUCCCUAGAUCUGUGCAUUUCACGUAUGAAAAGGAAGUCACUUUAAAGGAUAUCAAGCUGUAUCGUGUUACAAUACCAGAUGAAGUUUUAAAAAGUGGCAAUGUAUAUCCUCCUAAUAGAGGGUUCUGCGUAACUCCUGGUUGCUUACCAACCGGAUUGUUGAAUAUUAGUCUUUGUCAGCCGAUGAGUGAGUUACUUUUCAGUCAUCUUUGUUAAGAGAAUAAAUUCAAUUCGCUAAGUGGAGGGCAGCUCAGUUUAGAGUUAAAGAUUGCGCAUGCGCAUUGCAUGCGCAUUGCAUGUGCGAAGGAGCUUUUCGAUUGGAUGGGAAUUUUAGAAAUCCCUUCCAAGUCUUUCCCAAUAAGAAAAGCACAUUUUAAAAUUAUUGCCAAAUUCCAUUAGGGUUGUGUACGAGUUCCAGAUAGAUCAAGUCAGAAACUUGAAAAUUGUUGCAGCUUCUCUCCAAUUGGCACAAGUUUUGGAUGAUAAGUGACGAAUUUGUUUUUUCUCGGGUAAACGGCAAUAGGAGACACACUGAACAGCCAUUCUGACAUUAAUGGGUCGACUAUUUAUUAACCAGUUUCCUGUCAUUCUUUCUUGUUAUUUUCCAGAUCCACCAGUAGUUACAUCACCUCCUCAUUUCUACCAAAGUGAUAAGUCUCUGUUACAAACGGUUCAUGGGCUGAAACCAGAGAAGAGUGAACACGAGACUUUCUUGGAAAUUGAACCGGUGAGUAAAGUUAUAAUACAGGCUUUAUUCAGGUAUGUUUUGAUAUGACGGGACAAUACAAUGUCAGCCUUCCCAAAUCCCAUUCCCCCAUUCCCCUCCACCCCUAUGGUGCAAGCGCGCUUAGGAAAUUUGUGAGCUAGCCCGCACAAUUUUCAUGAGAAAAAAUUCACACACUCAACUGACAAGUCUACAUUGCUUUUGGGACUAGGAAACAGCAGUGUAUGUAGUUCUUCUGCAAAGAUUAUACCAUGGUAACGUCAACCAAAUAACUAAAAAAUUUCUUUUUAAAACUAGUUAAACCAAUGGAAUUUUUUAAUGCGAUCUCUUGCAAGUUGUAAUAAAAGGGGUUAGGGGACGAAUUCCUGUUUUUCCCCCACCCCUCUCCCCUUGGAUGUUGCAGUGGUUGUGUGUUGGGUCAAUAUAUAUCGAAUUCUUUCGUUAGUUUUUCCUCUGGUGAGGGGUGGGGGCUGGUUGUUUCCAGGGCCAUACAUUUAAGGAGAAGUAUACUUUAGAAACCAUCUAACUUUCAUCUCCGCCAUUUACAACUAUAUUUGAAGAGUUUCAAAUCCUGGACAGUGUCGUUCCAGCUGCUUCCCCGGUUGGCAACUUCUUGCUCAAACGCAUAGUAUUUAACAAUUUUUUUUUUGGUUCACUUCGACAGAUAACAGGCAUUGUAAUGAGAGGUGCCCAAAGGGUUCAGAUAAACAUUGCCCUGGAGUCCGUGGAUGUGUUACCGUAAGUAGAAUAGAAACGUCUUUUUAACUCUCUUCAGAAUUGUCUUCGUGCUGCAACACGUAUUACAAAAUGCCGCAGUCUUUGUUACAAAAUGCGUAGGUUAUCACAAAAUGCGUCGUUAUCACAAAAAUGGCACAGAACAAUCCUGUUUAUUUAGAAUUUGCGUGUGAGAGCAACAAAGAAGAAAAGAAUAGUACACGAUCAGUAAUGUACUUACCUAAGCAGACGUACGAGGCAUGCGCACUACACACAGAAUUUGAUUUUUUUUCAUCGUUUACAAAGUUGAGGAAGGUAAAAUGAUCAUUUCAAAAUGCGUUGUUAUCACAAAACGAAAAACACUCGGAACCAGAAUUGCACUGUUUUAGCCUUCGCACCACUUCUGUGAUAUCCCCGGCAUUUAUCAGAAAACCUUUCAUUGAAGCUUACGAACAUACGCCCACUUGGAUUGCUGCACCCUCAAGAAGCUCGCGAGAAGCUCUCUAGAAGUUUGCAAAUCGAUCGUGUGGGAACGCCAAUAAUCUUACGCUAUUAAUUACUGCUCGAAUGAUUCUUCUCCCGACAUAGAAAUAAUGUAUUUCACUCCUCUUUUAAUUUUUCACCUAAUUUUUCUUUCCUUUUUUUUUUCCUCACAGCCAAACCAAAGGGAGUUUUGAAAAAGUGUUUUUACCUUUUAUGUUCGCCAGCGAGGUAAAUCGGUUUUACUUCAGUCUCAUGUACUUGUUUUUCCACAAAGCGCUUUAGGAAUUCGCGCCUUUCGUUAACUCCAGUUAGACUGAUCCAUAUUUUUUGUUAUUGUAAGUAUACAAAUAUCCUCCACUAUAUAUUUUUUGUUUUCAAGUCAGUAUAAAGUUGACACAACUGCUUUUCAUUAAUAAUGAUUGCAGAUAUAUGAAAUUCAUAUAUUUGCACUGCGGUGAAGAAACGAAUUUAAGAGAUCCUCGCAGCUAAGAACACUACUGAAGUAGUAGUUGAAAAUAGAACCUGAAAAAAAUUCAGGCCCGUACGGGAUUUGAACUCAUGACCUCUGCGAUACCUCUGCACCGGUAUCGCAGAGAUCAUGGGUUCAAAUCCCGUACGAGCCUGAAUUUUUUUCAGGUCCUAUUUUCAAAUACUAGUUAAGUAGUGUUCUUAGCUGCGAGGAUCUCUUAAAUUGCUUUUCAUUAGUUUCUCGUCUAAUGAAGUAAAAAUAAGAACAUUGUUAAUGCAGUUUAAACACAGUUAGAAAAACAGCUUUAUCAAUGAAUUAAAACCAAAAACCAUUUUACCAAAAUGAUAGUACAAUAAUUGUAUACAUUUCCCAAAAAAUGUCAGCUCCUAGUUAGUGAACACGAAAUAAAAGAAGAAUAAAAAAGAAGAAAACGUUUAAGUUAAUUGUAAAUAAAGUGUUAUCCACUAGAAUUGCAGUAUCAGUUGCGGAAAUACAAAACGGUCAUCAAAAUCUUCGCACUAGAAAUUUUCAAGAGUUGUAGUCAUUAAAAUCCCAACACUGUAAAUUAUCAAUCAGUAUCUCUCGCAUUUCACUGCAAAACUGAGAUACGAGUUCCAAAUUACUAUGAGGAUUACUGAUGCGAGAUUAAAAUCUACCAACAAAAAAUCCCUGCUGAUAAAGACCUAAGGAUUCGACUGAUAAUUUCCCUUCGAAGCAACUUCAACUACCCAUAAUCACCAAAUUGGUAGUUUAACAAAUAUUUGAUAUGUUCUUUUUCCUUAGGUUGCAGAAAUCACCGACGAAAAGGCCUCAGAUUUCCGUGAAAAAGUUUCCAAAAUGAACACGGCAAUGAAGAUAACAAAGAUGUUCGAGUAUGGUUUGAUUGUAAUUGGUGCCUUUCUGUUAGGAGUUGUGUUACUAUUGCCUUGCUUUGAUAACGACAAAAAGGUAAGUUUUUCUCUGCAAGUGUUUUCAGAUAUUGCUAUCAUUUUCAAACAUUUUCCAGUUACGGAGUUGCAUUUGAAAGUUAUUAAGAUUGUUAUUUUGGAAAAAUCAACGUUUUCAUAAUGAAUUCGAAGGUAAAGGAAAAAUUCUGAUGUUCGGUAUAGCUCUAAAAUCGUACAAUUUUAACACUUGAAGACAUCUCUCAAGUUAAGUUGUCAGGCGGAAACGGUAGAGAAGCAGCACCAGAAUUCAACAAGCAGAUUGCUAGAUUCUCUUAAACAUAAAAUUUUUUACCCAGAACACAUGUAUUUCAGGCGAUUUUGGGUCUUAAGAGAAAGCGUCUUUUCAAUCAUCAUAUCGCUCUGACGAAGGGCUAACGCUCGAAACGUCAGCUUUUUUACCCUUUAUGGUGGCCAAUUUAUGUUUUCAACUCAGUUGUUAAAACUAAAUUACCUGCUAUACUCUCCCACCGACGCAGCACCACAGUUUCUUUUGAAACUUGCCCCCUCUUUUCAAUCAACCCAGUUCCCAGGGUCCUCUCUCCUCCUCGUACUUUCUCAAGGGCGGAAGAGAGGGGAUGGCUUUAUCUCACGAAGCAAAAGCCUCGUUGAUCGUUUUUCGCCCUUGAUAAAAAAUCGGUUUGUAAUAUCAAAUACAUGAGCCCAUAUUGUACUCAAAUAUAAUUUUUUAAUAACAGUUUUACUGAGUUUUCCUAUUCUUCCAGGGUCAAGAAAACGGAACGAAGAAUGAAGAAAAAGACGAAAAGCAUCCGUUAAUAGAUUCUUCUAGGAAGACCUUUGCAAAUCAAAGUACUUGAAACACAUUGCUACUCUUAGAUCCUCGCACUGUCCUAAAGGUGCUUGUUAAAUGAACGAAAAUCGGCAUUGCACUAGGUUCCGGACCACCUGGUUCAGAAAACGUCGACAAUACGUAUUCUUAAACGAACAAACACCAAAACAAAAUCAGAACAAAAAGAAAACAGAAACGAAAUCAGAUAAAGAACAAAACGGGAAAAGGAAAGGAAAAUAAAAAUCUCAAGUUUUUCGUUGGACGUAAAAGUAGACAUGUCAGUAGCCCUUUUUAUUUUGGUUUGUACAUCUUGAGACUAAUUUCUUCAUCAUCAUUGUUAUCUUUCUUGAUUGGUAUCUUAUCACUUCUCUAGUAUUUUUUCAUCCUUAAUGAACUUUUGUUAUCCUGCGAAAACUUUUUUAGAAAACUCUUUGUGUCAUGGAGUGACCUGUUACACGUUUAGAGCGGCAUAGAUUAUGGAACUGGGUUCCUAUAUGUGUGGAAGGUAUUUUAAGUGGGCCACAUGCAACGUAUAACCGUGGUUAUUUUUGGAAUUUAAAGAAAUGUGUAGAUAUAUCGAAAGAUUCACAUUUUCAUCUUGAUGUAUGACAAUUAUAUUCUCAAAUAACAUGUAUUUUUUACAUUCUGUUAUUGUCGUUUUUUUAGUUAG